GGUUUUCAUGUUUUGGAAAUAUAUGGGAUGUGUAUUAUAAAGUAAAACCUUCAAAUUGAUGAUAAUCAAAGUCAACACUGCAUGCGAGCUCUUGGCAGCCCCAACAGUGUAAUGCGCCUUGGGGGCAGUGGUAUACCAUACGACGGUGACCCCCUGACAAUGAGCGCAGCUGGCAAUGAUUAUGCCGAAUUAUGCGAUCUUGGACCAUCACGUUGGAGUGCACGCGGUUAUGGUUACCAUGCAACAGCAGCAGCAGCAAAUGCGGCCGGCAUCGGCAUUGGUGGCAUCGGCGUACCAGGCGCCACACAAUCAUCAUCGAGCGUACCGACGGGCGGCUCAGCUGGCCUCAGCGCACAUCAUUUACGGAGCAGCGCAGCAGCGCCAAACAGUUACGAGGCCGAGGACAUUGGCCUGGCCUUUGGCAUGAUCAGUCCGCCACCUGGCAGCGGGCACGUUCAUUACGGCGGCAGCUCCGGCGGCAUUGGCUCCCGUGUGGGCAAUAGCACCAGUUCGCUGCGUGCCGGCGGCAGCGGUCGCUCCGGUCUCUAUUAUUCGCCACCGGGCACAUCGUACACAAUCGUUGAGCGUCCACACUCGCCGCAUUACUAUUACAAUUCGGCUGGUGUGCCCACGAAGGGUGGUUCGUUGCCUGGUCGCGGCUCGGCGUAUCUCAGCUCCUCGCCAUCUAGCCACAUGGCCGCCGGCACGGCCGGCACGCUGCCCACAUCAACGGCAGCCAGCGGUCGCCAUGCCGCCUCGGCCAUGGGCAAUGGCAACAAGAAGCGGGCCAUAUCGCCGGAGCAGGUGCUGCGCAUGUUUGGCGCCACACAGUCGUCUUCAGUUCCUACGAGUAGCUAUCACUACAGCAACGGCGGCACACGCGAUCGGGAUCGCGCAGGCCGACGCAGUCCGGCCAGCAGUCCGCCCUCGACAACGCAUCAGAUCUAUCGGGAUCGCGAUCGAGAUCGGGAUCGGAGUGUGCCCAACAUACAUGAACUUACGACGCGCACUGUUUCAAUGUCGCGUGAUCAGCAAGUCGAUCACGGCUUCGGUAUAUGCGUCAAAGGAGGCAAAGACUCAGGCUUAGGUGUUUACAUCUCACGCAUCGAGGAGAAUUCGGUGGCGGAGCGCGCCGGCCUGCGACCCGGUGAUACAAUCCUAGAGGUGAACGGCACGCCAUUCACCUCAAUCAAUCACGAGGAGGCGCUUAAGAGAUGUGUGCAGAUAUUGAAAUCGUCACGUCAAAUCAGUAUGACGGUGCGAGCGCCGCCCACGCUGAACUCGACGGCGCCGCUGCACGGUUUUGGUCCACCCUCGCGGGAUCCAAUGUACGCGUCGAUGGCCCCCCUAUUACCACAGACUGCAGCGGCCCAUGCGGCAGCGGCCGGCGGCGGUGGCGGCGGAUCGGGUCUGCCCUUUCGUCAGACCUGCUCCUGGAUGGAUCGACACGGCCGUCCGGCCUCACCGCCCAUGGAGUAUGGCGGCAGGCGGAACGAGCGUCGAGAUCGGGUACGCCGCGUCGAGCUGCUCAUUGAGCCCGGCCAAUCGCUGGGCCUGAUGAUACGCGGCGGCGUCGAGUACGGCCUGGGCAUCUUUGUCACAGGCGUCGACAAGGAUAGCGUCGCAGAUCGUGCCGGUCUAAUGAUUGGCGACGAAAUACUGGAGGUCAAUGGCCAGUCGUUUCUCGAUGUGACGCACGACGAGGCCGUCGGUCAACUGAAGUAUCACAAGCGCAUGUCUUUGGUGAUACGUGACGUGGGCAAGGUGCCGCAUUCCUGCACAUCCAUCGAAAUGGAGCCCUGGGAUGCGUACAGUCCAACGGGCACGAGAGCACGCCGAAAAGGUCAAAUCACGACCAUGGUGGAGGAGAAGGCGCGCUCGUUGCUGCCACGUCAUCAUUUUGCAAGUCUUUCGUAUUAUAUUGCCGAAUAUAGUGUGAAAGCAAUGACCAUAGAUGCCUUUGUUGCCGUCUUAUUAGAGAUGUUAGAUACGUACGAAAAGCACACGCUAGUGACGGAAAUUCGUGAGCUCGUUUUUCCGGAGGAUCGUACACGUUACGAUGAGCUUGUGUAUCGCAGAGAACGCGAUCCAUAUAGCGUGGAUAGGCAUAGGCGUAAAGGAGACUCCGCACGUGAUUUGCCGGUAACAGCUGACGAUAUGGAAGUAAGCGCCGCUACUGGACGCAGUCCCUCGUCGGACUCGGGUCUGGGCAUGACCGUAACGGAUAUACAUAAACGACCCGCACUACAGUUGCCCUAUCGGCCCAUGUCGGCGGGACCAAUACUGCAUCGUUCACAGCAUUAUCAGCCAGCAACAUCACAUGCAGCUAGCAACCAAUCACCAUCACCGCCACCAAAACCACAACAACAACAACAGCAACAACAACAACAACAUUAUCCACCACAUCAUACCUCAUUGCGUCAUCUGGGCGGCGGCGUUGGAAAUGUGCGUCAUCCUCACCAGCAGCAAUUGGGACCAAAUCAAUUUAAACUCAAACAAGCCAAAGACAAUCAGCAACAGGAAUACGGCUGUGAUGAGCAUAGAACUCGCCGGGGCAGCGAAACCCUAUUACCGGAAUAUGAACAAGAUGCGGGCGGCUACUUAGAUGGACUACGUUCACAUUUGGGUGGUUUAACACAACGUGUCAAAUCAUGGUAUUGGGGACGACCUCUUGAGUUGGCCACAAAACUCUCAAGAAGUUUCGAUAUGAAGGAAGAAGGCGGCACUUUGCUGGGCGAUAAAGGUGUACGAAGGCAUCAGUCCAUGCAGCGUCUGUCAACUGAGCAGAACGGUGGUUCAACGACUGAACAAACACAUGAACACAAUCCAAACGUCGUACCUGAUCAUAGAGGCAACUUACACAUUACAGUUAAGAAAACCAAACCAAUUUUAGGUAUUGCUAUCGAAGGUGGUGCUAAUACAAAGCACCCGCUUCCUAGGAUAAUCAAUAUCCAUGAAAAUGGUGCGGCAUUUGAAGCGGGCGGCUUGGAAGUCGGGCAACUGAUACUGGAGGUAGACGGCACUAAGGUGGAAGGUCUACAUCAUCAGGAGGUUGCUCGAUUGAUAGCCGAAUGCUUUGCAAAUCGUGAAAAGGCUGAAAUAACCUUCUUAGUUGUCGAAGCAAAAAAAUCAAAUUUGGAACCGAAGCCAACAGCGUUAAUAUUUUUAGAAGCCUAACAUUUGCUUGCCCUGCCGGCUAGUGACCCAUUGGAACGACAAAAACUCGAGUUCCUCUAUGAAUGGGGCAUCGAUUUAACGGAGACGCCAAAACCAAUGCCAACACCGAUACCGCUGACAAAAGCUAAAAAUCCACCGCCACUGCCUCAUGAGCUACAUACCAACAGCAACAGCAGCAACUAUGGCAGUAAUUCUGCGCUCAACAAUCAUCAUCAACAUCCUCAUCAUCAGCAGCAGCAACAGCAACAGCAACACUAUCAUCCCAAUACACCCAGCAACACAUCAACAACACAAGCAGCAGCUGCAA